UUUCUUUUUUCUUUUCAGUUUCUGUCAGUUUCUCUAGCAGAAGUAUUAGGUUUAGCGGCCGCUUCUUCCUCUUUCUCUCAGUCACAGGCGAUUGUUUUUCAGAUUCUCAGUUUCAAUAUCAUCCAUGAUCAAUGAAUACAACAACAAGUAACUCAGUAAACGAACCAGUAUGGAAGAACCAAGUCAAGACACACAUACACCUCAAACUGGAGUUGGAUCAUCUAAUGUACCUAGCCAAUCUACAGCUGGAGCUGGAGCUCAAUCUACACCUCCUGAUGAAGUUACAAUUAUAGAAGAUAAUGCAAACAAAGAGAAACCUAAAGUUACAUCUGAUGUAUGGUUGCAGUUCACAAGGAUAAGUGAAGAGAAAGCUAAAUGUCAUCAUUGUUUGCGCUCCUUUGAUGCUCACAUAGGAAGAAAUGGCACUUCUGGACUGUGGGGUCAUUUGGAUAGAUGCCGUAAGAAUCCAAACAGGAAGAAGAAGGGACAGAAAAGUUUAUUGUUUCCUCCCCCUAAACCAGGUGAGGAUGGUAAGUUAGUUGCUUCUAUUUAUAAUCCUGAAGGGUGCAGAAGAGCUUUAGUUGAAUUCAUAAUCAAAGCUUGAGUUACCAAUUAGGGCUUAUAAUCGGAUGUUGGAACCUAGGUUCAAGGUCCCCGACCGCAUGACUAUUUAUAGGGAUCUUUUGAUAAUAUACAGGGAUGAGAAAAAAGUUUGAAAGAGUAUUUCAAGACAUCCAAACAGAGGGUUUCUUUAACUACUGAUACUUGGACCUCUCCCAAUAAUAUCAAUUAUAUGUGUGUCACAGUUCAUUAUGUUGAUCAAAACUGGAAGUUGCAAAAGAGAAUUCUUUUAGAGAUAAUGUGGCUGACUCUUUUGUUAGAAAUAUGGCUGAAAUCAUGUUUGCUAAAUAUAAUAAGUAUUGGGGUGCUUAUAAAGAUAUGAAUUCUGCUUUGUUCUUUGCACAAUUGUUGGAUCCACGAGAGAAGGAAAAGGGGUUGGAAUUUACUCUAGAGUGUUUGUAUGAGAGAAAUCAGUACCAGGUUGCUAGAGUUAUGAAAAAGGUUAAAGAAGAUAUGGUCAGACCCUUUGAAGAGUACAAGUCUUCGUAUGAUGUUGUUGGUGAAAGUUCAACUAGUGGUGUUGCUGUAGCUGAAGCUCCAGUUGUUGCGCAAGAACAAAUCAUUGUGGCCAUGCUUAACUCAAGGAAGAAAAGGCAUAAGAGGAACCCACUUGGUGUUGAAGGAUUAAAUGAGUUGGAAAAGUAUUUGUUAGAGGAGUUUGAUGAAGAAGAAGGUGUAACUAAGUUUGACAUUUUGGCUUGGUGGAAAAGCAAUAGUACCAAGUAUAAGGUACUCUCUCAUAUGGCGAAGGAUAUACUAGCCAUGCCGGUGUCUUAUGUUGCUUCUGAAUCAGCAUUCAGUACUGGAAAGCGUGUGCUUAGUACUUGGAGAAGCUCUCUAUCUCCUAGGACAGUUGAAUCAUUGCUAUGCACUCAAGGCUGGUUAGAAAAGCCAAUUGCUCUUGGUCUUCUAUCGGAGUAUAUACCAGAUGAUUUCUCAAGCAUUGAGGAAGUACCAGAGGAGUUUGAUGAUCCAAUGAUGCUUGACUAAUGAAGAUGAUUGUUGAUACGAAAAGGAACUAUGGUAUAUGGAAUGGAAGUGUUGGUUUACUUUUAACACUUUAUGUUAAUCUUUGAACACUAUUUUCCUUCGGUAAUUAUGUACAUAUGCAGCAGUUAUGUUAGUUGGUCACUUGGUCUUGAAGAACUUAAGUAGUUGGAUGAUUGCAGUACUCUGGCAGAGUUGCAGUAACUUUACUUUGAAGUUUGAACUUUGAACAAUCUUUAUCAAUUUAUGUCAGACUUUAAGUUCAGGUUUAUGUAAUUAUGUUAGUUGGUUUUAAAGAACUUAUGUUAAUUAUGUCUAUGUUGUUAUGUUAU